GAUAUUUGUUUUAAUGAAGUUAAUUUUCAUACUGUAAAUACUAUGUGUAUUCCAAACAGGGAUCUCAACUCAAACCAAAACAGCACAGAUAAUAACGAUGUUCACAGUAAUGAUUUUUCUUACCAUUCGUUUCAGGAAGUUCAAAUUGAGCCUCAGCUAACAGAUUAUUCUAGUGAUUCGGUUCUCCACCUUCACCUAUCCACUAACGAAAGUUCGUUAUCCCCUCCGGUCAGCCAUCUUGAUAAAGAGCCUCUGGGUUCAUUUCCUGACAGUGUAUCAUUUCGGACUGAAAAUGAACACAUCGAAGCCCCUGUUCCGCCAGCAUUUGAGACACCGACAUUACAGCGCUUUUCCCCAACAGCAAUCUUCGAGACAAACAAUCUAAGCUCCACAGAGAAAGACAGGUUAUCUCCCCCAAGUCUAAAUUCAUCAUUUUAUUUAUCUCCACCUUCUCUAACUCCUAUUACAGAUAUGAUAAAGGAUUCAAAGUCAGAGGAACAGCCACCAGUAUUAUCACCUGUUCGCUUGAGGUCUAACGUGCGACCCCCUAAGAAGUUCACACCCAGUGAUUAUGUCAGGGCACGUAAGCAAAUUUUUCCCGAAACAGAAAAUGUAAACCGAAAGCAAUUCACCGAUUUACCUUACUUCAUUCAGCGCAAUAUUUUGUCUCUUGUAAUAUACAAAAAUUUCAACAUGUUUUUGACUUUAAUAAGGGUUUCAACACACUUCAAGCAUUUGCUAGGCACCCUUCAUAAUUUGUGUCCUAAAAUUUACUUAAAUGAAAAUGUCAUGUUUUUAUUGGAAGGUAAAUCUGUGUUCCCAGAGGGCGUAAGGCACAACUGGUCUCUUCGUCAGUUGGGUCGAGUGUCAGGUUCGGGUAGUGGCGUCAUGAUGGAAUUACGGAAUGUAUUGCGACCGAUUUCUUCCCGAUGGAUUAAUGGUUACAUCGAGAUACUGGCAACAGCAAUCGCCGGAUGGUACUAUAUUGUCGAUUAUAAAUUUAAAAAAUAACGGAUAAAACGU